AUGAACAAGUUUCAGACGAGGCGGUUAACCCAUGACCCUGAGGCUCACCUUGGUGCGGAUCCUCAGGCGUUGGCCAUGCAGACGGCCACACCGGGCAAGGCCAGGACGAAUGUCAGGAUCUUCCAGGUCCUGGCUGUGGAAAACACACCCAACCAAAAGUUCAGACUGACACCAUACCAGCCUCGGACCAAAAUGUGUCUCAGUGCAACAAUCAUCUUAACUAAGAGUUUGUUGAGCCUGCGAGAACCCGACGAGCAGCUAAAGCAGCUGAAGACAUCUGCAGGACAAGUCAAACAAGAGCAGCGUUCCUGUUAUCACUCAGCUGGUUGUGAUUCUAAAAGCUGGUUCUCUCCCAGUCUUUUGAACACCGACUGCUUCAUCAUGCUGCUCCAAGCGCUGCUGCAGACGUCGUUGGUCCUCUGGUUGGCUCAGCCAACGCUGCAAGGCGGGGUUCAGCCUCAGAGUGUAUCCUAUGGACGAGUGCUGCCAGUUCAAAAUGUUGGUGUUGGAGUAAAACCUGGAGUUACGGGAGCCCUUGGAGCGCUGGGCAGCCGCUACAACACAAAAGCUAUGAAGACUGGAAUUGGACGUUAUCCUGCCGCUCAACUCGGUGUUGGAGGUUAUAGAUCUCUCGGUUUGGGAGCCAGAGGCCUGAAGCAAGGUGGAUAUGGAGCCCAGGGAGUUUAUGGUGCCAGUUUGGGAACAGGAAUGGGUCUGGGCCCAGGACUUACUAAUGGACUGGGAUUUGGUUUGGGCCAAGGCGGAAAACGUGCUUACGGUGCUGGUCUUGGAACUCUUCCAGGAUAUGAAGCUUUUGGAGGCGCUGGGUAUCCAGGAGCUCGACCAGGUGUUUCUGCAGCAGAUUUGGGUGGACCUGAGGUGGCCAGUCUGGGCCCAUCUCUUCAAGAUCUUAAGAGACAAAAGAGCAGAGCUGAAAGUCACUUGUAUGGAAACCAAGGCAGAACUCUUGGAGCUGAAUCCCCCAUGGAGAGGAGAACCGGUGAACUCGGUCGGUCGGUUCCUGAGCUACAUGCAAGAAUUGAGGUCAAAAGCAUCGAUCCAGUCCUUCAGUCAUCCAAUCUCAGACCCACAACCCCUCUCCAACAGCAGGAGAAACAUCUUGGUGCUGUUUCACAAACACAAAGAGCCCAUGCAGCGAUCAAAAGUGGAACAGCAUUAGCAGCAGCGGGCGUGAGAAUACAACUUCCUGUUGAUAAAGACUUCAGACGUGUAGAAUUGUCUCAGACACACAACUCCAGAGAUUCAUCCAUGCAGCAGAACCUAAGACCUGGAGACAGUGGAUCUCCUGAUGAGUUAUCAGAGAGGUUAGGCAUCAGCCACUUUGGCCUUUUGGGAUCACAGAGGCAAAGGCUUCAGAGGUAUUUCGCCCAGCCCCAUGCUAGUAAAAUGGACAAACAUCAUGCGCUCGUGAACCCGUCUUCACAAGAGAGGCCCUAUCCUUCUCUUCCACAAGGUCAAGACCCCAGGAGCAGUUUGUUCUCCACUGGACAGCAGCCGGAUAAAAGAAACCCUUUAUCCACGCUGGCAAACAGACAGGGCGACAAAGAAGCUGGGUCUACAGACAAAAUAGGACUUCACAUCAGAGUCCAGCAGCACUAUGGUCCAGUGAGCCCAGGUGGAAGCAGAACUCAGAGUUUGGGUAUUGUCUUGGCUGAAGAAGGGCACGACGCUCAAAAGUUUCCUGAAGAGGACGCAAAAGACUUUUCUCAGGCAGAAAAAACUAAAAUAAAGCCAAAAUCUUUCUAUACCCCAGGGCAGACUGGGGGGAAUACGCAAGCUGCAAGCUAUCUUGGUGGAGCAGGAAACUACCAGGGCGCAAGCCUGGGAGCUGUAGGCUAUGGAGCAGGUCUGGGACAGGGGGCGUACCUGGGUGGCGCAGCUGGAAAGCUUAGUGCAGCUGCUGCGCUUGGACAAGGUGGGUAUCCCCAAGGUGUUCCAGGCAAGACAAACGGUUAUGGUGAUGGCGUAACGGGAUACCUCGGCGCUGUGGCAGGUAACGGCUUUGGUUAUGGGAAUGGAUACAGUGAUGGUUACGGAGCUGCCCUGAGCACAGGAGGCUACACAGGACAGCCCCAGGGGCCGUACGGAGCACUUGCUACAGGACUGGACUCAACUGCUGGCAAAUAUGGAGCAGGAGCUGCACAGGUUCCUUAUGGGAAUGCUCCUGUAAUUCCUGCAGGACUGGAAGGUAACGGAGGCUACCCGUACGCCGCUCAGCAGCUCGGCCUCACUGCUGAAGGUGCCAAAGCCGCCAGCAAAUAUGGAGCUUCUUCAGGUUAUGCAAAUCACCCAACAGGUUACGGUGCACAGCUUGGAGCUACCCAAGAUGCCUUGGGAGAGCAGGCUGGGAAGUACGAUGGAGUGAACGCUGCCCUAGGUAACGGGUACAAAGGCUAAUGAAGACGACGUGGACCUCAUCAGGGGAAUGACCUCAGCAAUGUUUGCAGUGUGAAGCAUUUUCACUACUUUUGUAUGUUUUACUCUUUUGUUCUCUGGUGCAUCCUCACAACAGAUUUUUUUAACCCCUUAUGUUUCUCUGUAAGUAAACGUGUGUUGCUCAUGUUUGUCUUUUUCUUACAAACCCAUUCAGUCCUGCCCCCUCUGUCUGAAACGCUGGCGAACGUCGAACAUUUAAAGUGUAACGAGAAAGAAAUGUGUGUGUGUUUUAAAGAUUUUAACCAAUAAAUGUCAACUGACGUAAAAUAAAAGCUUGCGAGUGAGA